UAUAUGAAGUUUUUACGUUUCUUGAGAGCUGCGUACUAAGCUUAAGGAACGAAACGACAAGGGAAGGUUCAUGUCCGAUUUCGAAGCCCUGCGCAAUUUUCCAGAUUUAUUCGUUGAAAACUUUCGCAUGCCAUCACAAGUUUUUGAUGAACACAACAGCAGGCCAAAAGAUUUCAUUCCAAUUAAAGCCAAAUUGGCAGUGGUACUGGAAUACCUAGCAUCGGGGGAUUUGCAACGCUACUUAGCUUCUUGCUAUCGUAUCUGCAAACAACAUUUUGGCAGGAUCGUGAAUGACGUUUGUGAAGCAUUAUGUACCGUACUGAAAAAUGAAGUGCCCGAUUGGACGGAACAAAAUUUGCUAGAAAUAGCUAAUGGUUUUGAAAACCAAUGGAAUUUUCCCAUUUGUGUUGGCGCCAUUGACGGAAAACACAUUGUUAUAAAAGCACCUCCAAAAAGUGGAAGUAUAUUUUAUAACUAUUUACAAAGUAAGAUCACAUUAGAUGCCUCGGUUGUACUAAAAAGUAACACGAAUUUUAAACUUUUUAAUUUAUAGGGGUUUCAUUCAAUUGUGCUGCUGGCUACCUGUGAUGCGAACUAUAAAUUUACCUAUUUGGAUGUACAUACAUAUGUAUGUAGGUGAUUAUGGAAGCGAAGGCGACUCUCAUAUUAUGAGAAAUUUUAAGUUUGGCACCAGAAUUCUGAACGACACCUGUCUAUUUCCUCCUGACAGAGUAAUCAAUCAAAAAAAAUGCUUCAUUUCAUUGUGGGAGACGACGCCUUUCCUUUAUGUAAGCGCUUAAUUAAACCUUAUAGCGCCACACAACUCUCGGUAGAGCAAAGGAUUUUUAACUACAGGAUAAGUAGAGCUAGGCGGUGCAUUGAAAAUGCUUUCGGCAUUUUAACUGCAAGAUGGCUUUGCCUUAGAAAACUUUUAUUUUGCAAGCCUGAACGAGCGCAAGUUGUUGUUUCGGCAUGUUGCCUAUUACAUAAUUUCCUUACAAAUAAGUGUCGCCGAACCUAUAAUUCGAAUGCGUUUUCUGGCUUUGAAGAUAGCACUGGAAAUUGGAUAGCAGGAGAAUGGGAAGUGUUGCUACAACAAGAACACACUCGAAAUGAAUCCAUCGUAACCACUUACCGCGGAAGAAGUUCAGAUUACGGCAAAUAUAUUCGGAAAAUAUUA